UACAUUCAAAAUAAUAUUCAAUUUUCUCAAGAAGCGGAUUCUACUUGAGGCGUAUAUAGUUUAUAGAUUUAUUUAAGACUUUUUAUAGAAACAGAAGUUAUGAGAAAUUCUAGCAUUUCUAUCGAAAAUCCAGAAACUAACAAUAUGAAAGAAACACGAUGGCGAAAAAAUUUAUACGAAAAUUAUGGCUUGCCGGACAAUUACACAGAUAGUUCCUUCUUAAAACAACUACGUAAAAAUAUAAAACCAAAUAAUGUGACAUUGGUAGAAGCUAUAAAUUUGGGCGCUAGUAUAUCUAUACAAUUAAGCAUUGUGAUAUUUUUUGUCAUCAUAUUUAUUUGGUUAAAUAACGAGUGGAUUACACCUAAUGUUAUUGUAAUAGCAGGAGGUAUGCUAACAAUUCUUGGAUAUUUUAUUUAUAAUAUAAAAGUACUUGAUCGGCCUGUAAAAUUAAUAAGAGAUUUGUGGAUAGUAUUAAUAUUUCUUACAUUUGGUUAUAUAUUAUCGCCUAUCUUAAAAACUUUGACAGAAACAAUCAGUACAGAUACAAUUUAUGCUAUGACAAUAUUCAUGUUCUUGACUCAUUUAAUAUUUAGCAAAUAUGGAUCAUCACAGAUCUCUUUAUCAGAUUCUUUGUCCAUAACUUCUUCAAUUUUUGGAUCAUUAAUGUUGGCUUCUAGAUUAGCAUCGCCAUUACAUGCUUUUUCACUUUUAACAGUUUCAGUUCAAUGUUUUGUACUAUUACCAUAUUUACUGACAGGAAUGAAUAACAAAAUUGUUAUAUCAACCGUUCUGCCAAUUGGUAUUAUAUAUUUACUUUUAUUUAUUUCACAAACAUUUUCGUACGUUUUUAUUAUUGCUAUAAUAUUUAUUCAUUUUAUUUGUCCACUUUGGUAUAUCAGAUGCCAAAAAUAUAAAGAUAACAUUUAUGGUCCUUGGGAUGAAGCAAUAAUUGCUUCUUAAAAUGGAUAGAAUUGAUUUUCAUCACAAUUAUUAAUCAUAAUUUAUAUAGAAAUACAUAUAUACAUAUACAUAUGAAACUGUACUUGUAAAUCUA